GCCAUGCAGGAUCAGGAAGAAGAGAGUAGAGAAAAUGAUGGUGACAUGCUGGACAGAUCUGAAUACUAUCUAGAGUCAUUACUUUGUGAUGCCUUCAAGGGAAAAGGAUUUCAGAAAAUAAAAGAAAUAAUCCAAGGAAAUGAUAUUUAUCCUCAGAAAUACAGCAAGCAACUAUUAAACCAACUGGACAAAGUUCUAAAAAAGGAACUGGACAAAAAUGAGUUCACAAAUGUAUCCCUAUUGUUGAAGUGCAUUCAGCAGUAUUGUAGAAGUGAUCCUCGAAAUGGUGUAAAUUUGCUUCUUCAGGAGGGAUUGAUAGCAAAGAUAAUCACUUGGUUUGAAAGAACCAGAGAAUUUCUGAGUCUGAUAGAACCAAGUGAAAGUACAUUGUUGGUCCAGCUUGUUGAAGACUUCUUCGACACUGCCUUGAUUAUUGGCAAAAGCAACACUGAAGGGGGAAAGCAGUUGCUGGAGUCUUUCAUACCAUAUUUGGGACAUCUAGCUGUUGAUUCUCAUGUGAGCUGUUUCCUUCGACAGGAGGCUUUGAGAACCUUAAACACUCUGCUGGAUAACACCGGAAAAGAGGAGAAAAAGAGGUUUGCCGGGUCUGAAGAGAUGUGUCUGCUUACGAAAGAACUUGCAAAAGCAAUUCUGGAUGUUGGUGACUAUGAUAUCCAGAUUGCUAUUGUGGAAGCCCUGUUCAGGAUAACGUUGAAAAAGUGGAGAGUCGAUCUUGUUCACGACUGGUUUGAAGAUCAGUACCUUGCUAAGGCUUUUAGAGAAAUCAAAGACAGAGAUUUUGAGACAGAUUCCAGGUUAUUUCUUAACGAACUGAAUGAAAGACUUGGAGAUAAAAGAAGGGUUUGCUCAGUUCCAUGCAAAGCUGCUGUUGCUGAUACAAACCAGUUAAAGAAACCAGCUGAUGACAAACUAAAGGAGUUUUGGAUUGACUUCAAUUUUGGAAGUGAGAGCAUUACUUUCUACGUGGACAACCUUGAGGGUGGUCUUUGGGAGUCGGUGAGGUUGGCAAAAGAAGCAGUUAGUAGCUAUCAUCUGACAGAGGAAGGGGGAGAAAAGAUUCUUAAAAUGGUCUUGAAGGAUCCCAUGGCCAUCAACAAAAAAGAAGUAACGAAGAUACAAAUUCACUUUGAUAGCCAGUUUGAUGUGUUGACACAGCUCUUCAAUGUAAUGGGAAAGGACAAAGUGAUGAUAGUGCUUAACCAAGAUGACGAUUACUGCAGUGGAGAUCAGCCACAGCAAAGUACAAUAGUGGUAAGCAGACAUGUGGAGAGUGGAAAAGAUCUUGUGGGUUCAGAUUCCUUAUUGAACGUUUCAACAUUACUGCCGGUUACAGCUACAUCUCAGAAAAUCAUUGUUCCUGCAGAUGCCACUGCAACUAGAGAGAGUCAACUGACAGGAAAACAAAAUGGCAGCCAAGCUUCUGGUGAUGUAGGUGCAGUUUCUGGAACAAAUGCUUUGAAAACUCCUCCGCCAUUGAACACAAGCGCAUCGAAAGCCUCUCCGCUGAGACGAAAGGAUAGGGCUGCGUAA